AUGGUUGCUUCUGCUGUCCGGAUGCGCGCUCCCAGCGCCAUGUUCCUCUCCAAAGGCGCCCUCUCCCUGAAGCGGCCGCAAACUGUUCACAGAUUCAAGGAUAUCGCUCAAUCUCAAUUGCCUUCCCUGUCCGCCCUUUCCCGUUUUUAUGCCUCCAAGUCCUUCCCUCCCCACACUGUCAUCAGCAUGCCGGCCUUGUCGCCGACCAUGUCCGCCGGAAACAUUGGAGCUUGGCAGAAGAAGGCCGGUGAUUCCCUGCAGCCCGGUGAUGUCCUGGUAGAGAUCGAGACCGAUAAGGCCCAGAUGGACUUUGAGUUCCAGGAAGAGGGUGUUCUGGCCAAGGUUCUUAAGGAGACUGGCGAGAAGGACGUCGCUGUCGGUUCUCCUAUCGCUGUUUUGGUUGAGGAAGGUGUCGAUGUUGCCGCUUUCGAGGCUUUCAGCCUGGCGGAUGCCGGUGGUGAGAAGGCUGCUCCUGCUGCUGAGGAGAGCAAGCAGGAGUCCAAGGCCGCUGAGGCUGCCCCGGCUUCUGAGCCCGCCCCUGCUGCCGUGGAGCCUGAGACUUCCGGCGAGAAACUCCAGCCCAGUCUGGACCGUGAGCCUUCCAUCAGCCCUGCCGCCAAGGCCCUGGCUUUGGAGAAGGGUGUGCCCAUCAAGGCUCUCAAGGGUACCGGCCGUGGUGGCCAGAUCACUAAGGAGGACGUUGAGAAGUACAAGCCCAGUGCUUCUGCCGGCCCUACCUACGAGGACAUCCCCCUGACCUCCAUGCGCAAGACCAUUGCUAGCCGCCUCCAGCAGUCCGUGCGCGAGAACCCUCACUUCUACGUCUCCACCACUUUGUCUGUGAGCAAGCUCCUCAAGCUUCGCCAGGCUCUGAACGCUUCCUCCGAGGGCAAGUACAAGCUUUCCGUCAACGACUUCCUCGUCAAGGCCUGCGGUGCCGCCCUCAUGAAGGUCCCCACCGUCAACUCCAGCUGGCAUGAGGAGAACGGCCAGACCGUCAUCCGUCAGCACAAGACCGUCGACGUCAGUGUUGCCGUCUCUACCCCCAAUGGCCUCAUCACCCCCAUCGUCAAGAGCGUUGAGGGCCGUGGUCUGUCCAGCAUCUCCAACCAGAUCAAGGACCUGGGCAAGCGCGCCCGCGACAACAAGCUCAAGCCCGAGGAGUACCAGGGUGGCACUUUCACCAUCAGCAACAUGGGUAUGAACCCUGCUGUUGAGCGCUUCGCCGCCGUCAUCAACCCCCCUCAGGCCGGUAUCCUGGCUGUUGGCACCAUCCGCAAGGUUGCCGUCCCCGUCGAGACUGAGGAGGGCACCUCCGUUGAGUGGGAUGACCAGAUCAUCGUCACUGGUAGCUUCGACCACCGUGUCGUCGAUGGUGUUGUCGGUGCUGAGUGGAUCAAGGAGCUGAAGAAGGUUGUUGAGAACCCCCUCGAGCUUCUUUUCAAUCCGCAGAGGAGCGUUGGUGGAGUGUACCGCGACGAAGCCGAGAGCACCGCUUCCCUGGUCGACGUCGACUCGCCGCAUGUCCAGGCCGUGGAUCCCGACUUCCUGAAGCAGGACGUGCAGACCACCACCCAGGCUGAGCGGAUAGAGCGAGAAGAAGAGGAGCGGGAAGCCUACGAAGAACGGAAAGCGAAGAGCAAGGCUAAGGCUAAAGCCAAGGCGAAGGCUGAAUCGGCGCGCAGCAACGCGCACAACCCUGUCUACCUCGGAAAUGCUGUGAUUCUGGCCUUGAUUGGCGCUGGUCUGGGGUAUGGAGCAUACCGGAAGCAUGCUGCUGGGCAGCUUUCGUGGGAAGUGAUUGGAUGGGCCUCUGGCGCUAUUGGUGCUUUUGGUGCCGUGGACUACUUUGUUAGCAACCAUCGACAAAUCGCUGCUUCGCUAGCAUCGCUAUCACGCACCGUUGACGACUACUCUGCCCUGUCCAAGAAGGAAUUGAUUCCGGAGAAGCAAGAGAAGGCAUUCGAACGAGUCAAGAAUUUCCGCUCAGAACUGGCAGAUUACCGGCAACAUUUUGAUCGACUACGGAAAGAACGGGAGGAAGCUCAAUCCGUCACCAACCGCAACGAGCUCCUCGGUCGACGCCCUCAUCACACAGCUACACCGGAGAACCCAUAUGCCCAACCAUCCCUCCCUCAGUCUUCUGCGUUCGCUCCUUCCUCAUCACGAUCAGGACUCAGCUUUGGAGCUUCGCCGGCCGACUACAACCGGGAAACACAUGCGCUUCGCGAACAAAGCUUCCUAGCGAGCACCAACACCCAGAUCGACGAGUUUCUUGAUCGGGGUCGUGCUGUGCUGGCGGACUUGGGACAGCAGCGUGAAGUGCUGAAAGGCACGCAGCGUCGACUCUACAGCGUUGCGAACACACUGGGCGUCAGCGGCGACACAAUCCGCAGGGUUGAGCGUCGCGCAAGACAAGACAAGUGGAUCUUCUGGGGCGGAGUGGUGCUCUUCUUCCUAUUCUGCUGGGCUGUCCUGCACUUCUUGCGAUAG